AGCCUCCCUGCAGCUGAACUCAAAGCUGACUCCUUGGUGAGGUUCAGAAAAUGAACGCCUCCUCCUGCUGGGAUCCUGAGGUCACCAUGUACAAGCAGAGCGACAGAUUUGACCUCAAUGCCAGCUGUGACUGGACAUCAGGGGACGCAGCGCUGAGGCUGCCCACCUUUUCUACAGCAGCCAAAGUCAGAGUGAUCAUUACCUUCAUCCUGUGUGGCGUUUCCACUCUCUGCAAUUCAGCUGUGCUGUGGGCAGCCAAUGGCCACAAACGCAAAUCCCACGUCAGGGUGUUGAUAAUCAACCUGACUGCAGCCGAUCUCUUGGUUACCUUCAUCGUGAUGCCUGUGGACGCCGUGUGGAACAUCACCGUGCAGUGGUUGGCUGGUGACCUGGCCUGCAGGUUCUUGAUGUUCCUCAAACUGCAGGCCAUGUACUCCUGUGCCUUUGUCACAGUGGUGAUUAGUCUGGACAGACAGUACGCCAUCCUCAACCCUCUGUCCAUUAGCAUGGCCCGCAAAAGAAACAGGGUCAUGUUGACAGUGGCGUGGACUAUGAGCACCUUAUUCUCAAUCCCUCAGAUGUUAAUUUUCCACAAUGUGACCAUCACAUAUCCAGCCAACUUUACUCAGUGCACCACGAGGGGCAGCUUCGUCACUCACUGGCAGGAAACUGCCUACAACAUGUUCACCUUCUGCUGCCUCUUCCUGCUGCCACUGGUCAUAAUGAUCAUCUGCUACACAAGGAUCUUCAUCCAGAUCUCCAAGAGGAUGAUGGGAAAGAGCUUGUCCUCCAAUGAGCCACAUCUACGCUGUUCAAAGAACAACAUCCCCAAAGCACGAAUGAGAACUCUGAAAAUGAGCAUCGUCAUUGUGAUCUGCUUCAUCGUCUGCUGGACGCCGUACUACCUACUGGGUCUGUGGUACUGGUUCUUCCCAGAUGACCUGAAGGGGAAAGUCUCUGACUCCCUCACCCACAUUCUGUUUAUCUUUGGCCUUUUCAACGCCUGCCUGGACCCCAUCAUAUACGGUCUGUUCACAAUACGCUUCCGCAAGGGGCUGAAACGAAGCCACCACAAUGCUGCAGCGAUGUCACACAAGGAAACUACCACAGUGAUAACAGAUGCUCUGAACUGUACUGCUGUCACUUUGCCAUGUAAAAGAGGGAUGAUCACUGGUCAGGUCAGCGAGUGUGAACAGGCUAAGGCAAAAUCCACUGACUCCAGCUGUCUGACUGUGUUCAGUCAAGGAGAGGGAGGACAAUCGGGCCACUUCGGAUGUGAGAGCACGAUGUGA